UCUGGGGGAAAAGUGGAUGUAGAUGGACGCUAUGAUCAAACAACGAUUAUUGGCUCCGUGGAAAUUACGUCAUAUCGACGUCGCUCUCACAUAAUUAGACUCAAUAACAACAUUUACUUAUUGAGAGCCAGAGAUUCGCGAGGAAACAGCCGCCAUGGAGAAGCAGAGCAUCACACUGCGUGCAUUGCUGAGCACUUUGACUGCAUCAGUGCAAACAUACCAGCUCCAAGAGGCCACUGUGUACUUUGAUGCUGCCCAGAAUAAUGUAAUCCUGAAGGAAGGGUUCAUUGACACCGAAGGGGGAGCCUACGGUCACUUCAACGACACUCUGCUCCUCUCUGGAUGGGGCGUCUUGGAGAUCUGUGCAGGUCAUGGAGGAAUCACACAGGAGGAUGAGACCACCUUCUUCCUGGCCGGGUACCUGGAAGGUUACCUCACUGCUGGACAGAUGUUCAAUCACUACUCCAACAUGUACCCUCAGCUCCUCAAGGACGAGAAGGUUUUGAAUCCCCUGAAAAGGUUUUUAAGGGAGCAGGACCAGUGGGCCAGAGAGCAGGUGAAGCUGAGGAGACACAGCGACCCCUUGUGGAAGCACCUGGGACUGAUCCUGGCCCAGCUGGACGGACUCCACGCUCCAGAUACAACUCAGAUCUACAACCUGAGUGGGUACGGUGCGAUGUGGAGCCGAUACGGAGAGGACUUCUCAUACGACCUCUGCCCCCGAGCCAAAAUCCUCCGCAGGGACCAGGCCAAGGUGUCGGCCCUGAAGUCCCUCAAACACGUCAUGAGAUACAACAACUUCAGGAGAGACCCCUACGCCAAGGGCCACCCGUGUAAAACCAUCUGUUGCCGUGACGACCUGAGACCAAGGAGGCCACGGCCAGGAGGUUGCUCUGACACUAAGGUGACGGACUUCCAGAUGGCCGUGCAGCUGGCCGCGGAAGCAGUCAAUGGGCCCACGACCCAGGGACCCCCGAGAUAUGACGAUAUAGAAAAGGGCACGCUUUCCGGUGGGCAAAAUGUAAAAAAACGUGCAUAUUAAGAUAAUAUAUGUCCCUCUAAUUUGUUUAAACAUAUAAUUUAAAUAUAAGUAGAGUUUAAAUUCUCAGACAAGAUUAAGACAAUCUGAAUGACUUAAUUUCCCCAUCAUCAAAUGCAGUUGACUAGAUUUAUUAUAACGCUGAUUGAUGCCGGCCUGAGGCUUGAUCAAAUAUUUACUAAAUCAUUCAUACGUUGUCAUCCUAAUACGCAUUUUGAAUUUAAUUCAACUGAACACCAACAGAAAGAUGAUCCUGUUGGAGUCACUGCUCUCUCAUCUCUCCGUCUCCAUCACAGAGUGUUAGCAUUAUGAGUCUCUUGAUUAACAUGAGAUUAUGAA